CGCUCUGCUCUGUGGUGGAGAUAAAUACAGAAGCUUACUAUUCGCCCGACGAAUAUGACAGGUCUUGGGAAUACUUAUUUUGAGACCAGAAUAAUAUUAUAACACAGGCCGUAUUACAGUCCACCGAGGUUUUCUCUUCAGUCGUGAUCAGGUCUUCCAAUACUGAAGAGUUUUGAGAGGACGCAUUUUUGGACUUUGGAUAACAACCCGCUGUUUGGAUUUAUUUCAUCUCUACUCGGGCAUCUUCCUGGGUGUCUUGUUUGGCCAGUCAUGACGUCACUGGGCGUCUGGCAUGUGGCUUUGGUGCUUGGUGGAGUUUUCAAUUUCCGGAGUGCCUCCAGUACCGAGCGGGGGUGGGUACACUCAGUUACGCGGCCGCCCCCCGCUACCUGAUCACCAUACAGUGUGAGGACACCAACGAGCCGGCCGCCACAGAGGUCAUACAGAUCAAUGUGGUGCCCAAUACUGCACCCUACUUCAACAACGACUUUACUUCGGGCGCCAUCCGGAACACCGUGGACAUGAGGAGCGAGUGUCGAGGCAUGGUUACCUUCCUGGUGACUGCCAGUGACGGGAUUAACACCGCCGGGCCCAUGGUCGUCCAGAACAGAAUCACCAACGCCAACACAGCUCCUGUGGCCAUGAACAUGAACAGAGAGGUGAAAAUCCCGGAGGAUGCCACAGGCACCGUGUACACCAUGGACUUCAUUGACCCGGACGGAGACCCCUUGACCUACACUUACACCACCACAAACGCUGCCGGAUGGGCGCAGUUCAGUACUAUAGACGACCCUCCAAAGAUCGACACUAACACAGCCCUGAACUAUGAGGAUUCUACCCUGAGGCAGACAAACAUCGUGGUGCAGGCAACGGACGGCUUCUGUACCUCGCCCGAGUACUCGCUUCGCCUCACGAGCGAGUUCCCGUCAGGUCUAGUGAUCCAAGACGAAGACACACUGGACACCCACACCUGGAAGUACAACUCCCCGAACUUCUUCGGUCGACACGGCGUGGACCCGGACAACGGUCUUCUGCUCACAAACCUAGACUACGACAUCGACGUUCCCACUCACCCGGUUUCUAACGAGUAUAUUAUAUCGGUUGAGGACAAGGGUAAGCUCUCCGAUACCGCCACCGUCACCGUGACGUUCCUGGACUGUAACGACAACCAUCCGUUCUUUGACGGCACCAAGAAGGAGCACCGCCACACGUUCGCUGCCACGGAGUGUCAGGCCGGGGGCAGCGUUCUGGGAACUAUCUCAGCUGAUGACGACGACUCGGCCCGUGAGCAGAACAACGUGUUGGUCUACAGUGGUUCCGGCGGAUCUGUCAGUGUGGACUCGGGAGGUAGCGUGAUCCUCAACACACCUCUACCUGCCGGUAACGUCAUCACAUUCAACGCUCAGGCCUCUGACCAGGGCCAGACUCCGGGACCCUUGACCAGCGAGCAGCCCUCGGUCAUCACUGUCUACUUCACGGCUGACAACCUGGCCUGGAUCAUCAUCGCCGCCCUACUAGGCACGCUCAUGCUAGGACUGCUCACCUUCAUGCUGUACCGCUACUGGCCCAUGUGUGUGUCCACCUGUAGCAAGAUCAACUGUCAGAAACGGUGCUGCAAGACCAGGACCAAGCUCAGGCCCAUGAACCCGGUAAAGAGAAGACCCAUCGAGAAGAUCACACCAGCCCGUCGGCCACCGCCACCCGCCAAGCCUGAGCCGGAAGUUCCGGAAGCUCCCCCGCCUCCUCCUGGGCCUGGCUUCUUGUUUGGCUUCUGGAAAGAACAAAAAGUGCAUCGUUAUGUAGAUACCCACGGGUCAAAGUUCUUAUGUGUGCGUCGUUUUUCUGUCAUUUUCUGUCGUUUCUUUCCCUGUUUGAAGAAAAAGUGCAUCGUUAUGUAGAUACCCACGGGUCAAAGUUCUUAUGUGUGCGUCAUUUUUCUGUCAUUUUCUGUCGUUUCUUUCCCUGUUUGAAGAAAAAGUGCAUAGUCAUGUGGAAACCCAUGGGUCUAUAUUCUUAUGUUUGCGUCGUUUGUUUGUCGUUUUCUGUCGUGUUUCUGUCGUUUUCUGUCGUUUCUUUCCCUAUUUGAAGAACAAGUGCUUUGUCAUGUAGAUCCCAACAUAUCAAUAUUCUUGUGUGUCUUUUCUUUCGUCGUUUUCUGUCGUUUUUCUGUCGUUUUCUGUCGUUUUUCUGUCGUUUUCUGUUGUUUCUGUCCCUGUUUGAAGAAAAAGUGCACUGUCAUGUAGAAACCCAUGGAUCUAUAUUCUUAUGUGUGCCUCGCUUAUCUGUCAUCUUCUGUCGUUUCUUUCCCUGUUUGAAGAACACGUGCAUUAUCAUGUAAAUCUCGAAAAAUCAAUAUGCUUAUGUGUGCGUCUUUUUUUUUGGGGGGGCUCUUCUUUCCCUGGUUGAAGAGAAAAUGUUAUGUACAAACCCACCUUUCAAUAUAUGCGUUGUUUUUCUGUCGUUUCUUUCCAUAUUUGAAGAAAAAUAAUCGGAGACUCAACACAAAUAUGGGUCAUUUUAAAAUAGGAUAACUUUGAAGUGUGGUACAAAAUGUUGGCAUUUGUUUUCCCAUCACGUUUGAAGAUUAAUUAUUUCAUUAAAUUGUGUCAGUGCCAAUCAGACUCAGACAUUGUUCGGACAUUUGACAAAUUGAGUCAAUAGUAUUGUCAAAGACUAUCCCCUCUUCCCUUCAAUAAAAAGGCAAUGUUUGACCAAAAAAUGGAAACGUUAAUAUCGUAAGGAGUGAAAACAUGAAAAAUAUGAAAACGGGCAGCAAAAAUUGAGUAGUAUGUUAUAUCAAAUCUCACACACACUUUAGAAGUGAAUAAGAAGGGAAAUAUACAAUGCACGUGCAUUGGAAAAAAAGUUGGUUAUUAUUACACGAAAUGUGUGUGUGGGGUAGGGGUGAGGGGGGAGGGGUCCUACGAAGCAGAAAAACCCCAGCAGCAUUCGUAAGAAUCAGUUGCACUGAGGGCUGAAGAACAAGCAGCCGAAUACUCCUGAUGUCUAACAGGGGAACGAGAAGAAGAAAGAAGAAUAAACUGCAUCAAGUGAAACGAAACCAAAAGCAUCGUUCAUGGAAUCAGAAGAAAAAAAAACCCCGACGGUUGAUUUCUCCCCUUUUUGACCUCAUAGCUUGGGAUAUUCUAGUAUGACAUAAUAUUCUUAUGUUUGAUUGUGAUUGGAGCUAACACAGUUUAUCAAUCAUAUUACUAUUAUGGCAUCAUGGUGAAAUUAGGCGCUCGGCUUCAUCGAAGAAAUUGAGAUACAUUUGGUCACUGUUCGUUAGGAUUUUUUUUGGGAGAGGUUCAACAUCUAAAAUACAUUAUUGAGUGGGCUUUGAUUUGUUAAAAUUAUUGCUCAAAUGAACGAAAGAAGAAAGUUUGCAGUUUCCAAAGAGAUUCGAGUUUUGGAAGUUACCAAACUGCCGUGAAAUCAACUGCAGCGCUGAUUUUCCCUUUGACACCAAGCGACCCCCACUUCCCUCAAUCGCAACUUUUAUCUCGACUUCUAUUAACGAUAGAUAAGUCUUAUUAAGUUUUCAUCAAAAUCAGGACGAGCUAACAAGUGUUGAGAUGAAACAGGUAACUCCAUAUUAUGCCCGGAGAACUGAAGAGCGCCUGAUUCCACAGUGUCGUGAUUCGUAAUAUUUAUGUUUAUAAUAUUAUGAUGUUGAUAUACUAUACACAUAUCCUUUACAUAAAACAAUGUUAAUGUCUUUCAUUGUUUAGUACAGAUUUUGUGAACUCAGAAAGAUUUUUAUAAUUUUGUUGCUGUACAUAGCUACAUUGUUAUUUAUGAAAGACGAUGGCUGCACAAUAAUCAAUUAUUUUUUGCCUGAUACAUAAGGGUCAGAAAUUAAUGUGGGUUAAACACAAGG